UGUGUCUGCUUUCAGUUUCAUUUGAGACGUCGUCGCGGCCGCAAGUGCUAAAAGCAGCUCAACAAUAACAACACCAACAACACGCAACGUGUGUGUCUCAACUAAAUGAACAUAAAAUCAACGCAAGCAGCAAGAAGCAAAAAAUAAAAACAAAAACAACAACAACAAAUUUAAACGGGUUAAUCAAUAUACGAGCAACAGCACGCUGAAUUUUGAGUUUUUUCUGUGUGCAUUUUCGAAUUGGAUGCUGAUCGAGUCACCGGAGAUAACGAACAGAAGACUUAACUAAAUAUCAAAACCCAAACACAAUCCAUUGCAAUGAUACUGCGAACGAGUAGAAUUUGCCUGCUGGGCGUUUGGCUGCUCACGAUGCUGACCCUGCUGCAGGCCCAGGGCGAAGAUUAUGGCGGCGAUGUGGGAGACGCUGAUGUUGGCAGCAGUGAUGACAUCUAUGAGCCGGCAGAGCAGGAGGCCGAUCUCGAGGCGGAAACACAGCAGCGACGCAAUAGCAUUGAGGCCGAAGAAAGCGCCCUGCCCGCACAGACGGUCAAUGAGCUGCAGUCCAUGGAGCAGCCAUCGACCACGGACAAGGUGCCGGCGGUUGUCACCGAGAUGCCAGUGCCCACCGCUGCAUCGGCCACCACAGAGUACGAUGAGAAUACGGCUGCCGAAGUUAUGGAAGAUGCGCCCACACAGAAGCAGGAGACGAAAGUCGAGAAGCCGGCCAGGCAUUCGCAGGAGUACUACUAUGAAGAUAUGCAGGAUCAGGAGCAGGACGCCGAACAGCAGCCGAAAAAGCAGCACAAAGAGCCACAGGAGGAGGCGACCACAGCCACAACGACAACAGUGCCCGAAUAUGUGCGCAAGGCAAAGGCGGAGAGAUUUCCUCAAACGGAGCCCGACUAUGCCGAAGAUGAUAUGAUGGUGGAGCAGCAAACGCAGCCCAUUAACACACCUAAGGAUCAGGCAGAGGGCGUCAUCUAUCGGGAUGAGCCGGCACAGCCCCAAGCUCACAUGCAACAGCUGCCCGUGAGCCACAAAGCCAAGCCGUUCAAUCCCAGUUCCGUGGAGUACUAUUACGAUGAGCUGGACAGCACGGAGCAUCGCAUCACGACCACAGUUCAGAGCACACCAACAACAACAACAGGCCCAACGAAAACAACCGAGACACCACUGCCAGUGCUGGCGGCACGUUUCGGUGGUUUCGUCGGUUUCGGUGGUUGGCCCGAGCCAAUGCCCAGUGCCGUACCAACUAAUGCACCGCCAGUCGCCAAUCCCAGCCCAACCACAACAACAACAAAAACAAUAGCCACAACGACGACAACACCAACACCAACAACAUCUGCGCCUCGCAAGCAAUCGAAGCACAUACAUCUGGCCAAGCCGGAACUGCUGCCCGCCGAUCAGCUGCGCAAUUAUAUUAAGGAUGUCUACAUACGCAUGCCGCUGGCGGUUAUAGUGGAUCCAUCGCCAGAAUCGCUGGACCAGACCAAGCGGCUGUACAUGGAUGCGUUGCAGGACAAGAAUAUCAAUAUUAAAAUCGUGCUUGUCACGCUGAAUGCCUCAGGUGUGCCCUCCGCUUUCAGUUUCAACAAUACGCGAGAGUUCAUCGCGGGCCUGAACAGCACCAAAGAGCUUGAAGGCGGCAAUGCGUUUGUGGGCGUGCUACAGGCCGCCGAACUGGUGCCCUACGACAGCGCCAUAUUCAUAUCGACAGCUGCCAUACCGCCGCACACGGACAUUGUGCAGGAUGCGGCAAUCACAUUGCUCAAGAAACGCAUACGCUUGUUUAUGCUGUGGUACGGUGAGCGAUCGGCCAAUGAGAACGAGACGGAAGAUGCCGUGGGCGGCAUUUUGGGCGAGGUGGCCAUACGAUCGGGCGGCGAAAUAAUUCACAUUGUGAGCACCGAGCAUGGACAGCAUAUCGCGGGCAAUACGUUAACGCUCGCGUCGGAUGCGUAUCAAGGCAGCCAGGAGCUGGAGCUACCUGUUGAUACGACGCUAUCCAGUUUACAUGUGCGAAUCGAUGCCAACAUGCGACGUGCCACACUGGCAACGCCCAAUGGUGAUAUCAAUUUAAAGAAACACGUCAAAUUUAAAUCAAGCAAUGAUACACGAAACACCAACCCCGAUGAACUGGAUGCCUACGUACCGCUUAACAAGUUGCGCAAGGCGACAAUCCUAAGGCUGCAGCUGACGCCGGAAUCACCAAGUGCCGCUUACAAUGUUUUCAUACGCGCCGAGCGUAAAGCAGAUGUUUUUCUUGGUGAAAUUAUUAAGCGCAUCGAUAGCUACUAUUCCCAUGCUGUGCACGAGAGCCCCUUGGCUUCAUUGGCGCGUUCAGCCAAGCUCAAGUUUCCCGAGUCGCGGGAAAAGCUAGAAAACGAAGUGGAUUCACCCAAGAGCGAAGUGGAAACCUUCUCGGAAACGGAGCUAGUGCAGCCACCGACGAGUCUGAAUCAGACUCAAUUUGCCGCUGCCACGGGCGAGGCGCAGCGCGCCAGCUUGAAUUCCAUGUUGCUGCAACGCUGCGGCACCAAAAUCGAACUCAAUACUCAGUCGCAGCUGCUCCUGAAUGCAGGUCAGGUCGCAACGCUGCUGUUUGAAGUGACCAAUAUGCGAGCGGAGCGUGUCUAUCAGACGGUGCAGGUGACGGACGAACGGCGCUUCCUAGUGCAGCUAAGCCCAACUGGUUUCUAUUUGCGUGCGCGGGAGACGAGCACCGUGCGUCUGACCGUGCUUGCGCCAACUGGCACCUCGCCUGGCACCACAGACAGAGUCACAUUCACUAGCUAUGGCACUGAAACGGCCACCUUGGCGGUUAGCCUAAAGGUCGUGUCCAGCAUCGAUGCGCAGGAUACGACUGGUCCCAAUCUCUCCUGGGAGUUUGGCAAUCGCUGCGACUAUGUGAGGAGCGAUGAACAAAACUGUGGCGAUCGCUUCUGGACGCUGGAUGUCACUGCCCAGGACUGGCAAUCGGGCAUAUUGCGUUUGCAGUCAACGCCCGCGGAUGGCCUGUUCUAUCGCAAUUACUAUACGGCCGGCACCACGGAGCCCAUGAAGGCCACCUAUAUGGCCUCCUGCUGCGAACCGAAGGUGGCCAUAACGGCAUUCGACGCGGCGGGCAAUCAGCGCAGCAUCAACAUUGAUGUUCGAGAUAUUGUGCUGACGGAGGCGGCCAUCGCUGCCAUUUGUCUGGGCGCCAUUCUGUUGCUGUUGCUGAUUGUAUUGCUUAUUUGGGGCAUUAUGUGGUGCUGCAAGCGGCGCAAGGUAUCACUGGAGCUGCCCACGUAUCGCUCGCACUCGACACGCAGUAUGGAAUAGAUUAAGAGAGGGCGCCACUGCCAAAAUAUCAACAAUAACUAAAUAUAUAUGUAGUGACGAACUUUAAGUGUUGCCCAAUAAAAAUACCGUUAACUGUUAA